AUGGCCGACCCAAUGCCCAAGAAAGGUGCAAAAGACGACGUCAGAGCGCUAUUGAUUGAAGUCCUCAAAGCUGUCAAGGAUCCCUUAGAAAUAGGCCAUACCCUUCUUCUUGUUUGGUCCUUGGAAUAUUCCUUCUAUUUCAUCAAGAUGAAGAAUAGGAUUGUGGCGUCUGGUAGGGCUAAUCGUGCCAUCAAAAAUUAUUGUAGAUCCGACAAGGAAAGGAGACUGGCAGGGGAAAACGGAGCAGACACAAAAGCCAGUAGAAACUCGCGCGAUCUUGGCGACCCCUCUGGACAAGCAGUCUCUUCGCUAAUCAGGCUAUCGCGGAACGACAAUUGUAUGUGUACUGAAAGCACAUGCUAUUUUGAAUGGAUCGUCGUCGCCGAUUUCGGUAUCGUUAUCGAAGAAUUUGCGGAUCGCCAUCCUGCAGAAAUCCGUUUUCUCUGUGCCUGGACCGCUGCAAACUAG